CUCUCUCGGGUCUUGUUGCCCACCAUCACGAAUUCACGAUCUCUCGUUACUGUUUCUGAUUAGAAUCAAAACAAUGAACGGCGCAUUAGGUAACUCCUCCGUUUCCAUGAGCGGCGGCGGAGAAGGAGCCGGAGGACCAGCUCCUUUCUUGGUUAAGACCUACGAGAUGGUAGAUGAUUCCUCGACGGACCAGAUCGUAUCGUGGAGCUCCAACAACAACAGCUUCAUCGUUUGGAAUCAUGCGGAGUUUUCAAGCCAUCUUCUUCCAACUUACUUCAAGCACAAUAACUUCUCUUCUUUCAUCCGUCAGCUUAAUACCUAUGGGUUCCGGAAGAUUGAUCCAGAGAGGUGGGAAUUUUCGAACGAUGAUUUUAUUAAGGAUCAGAAGCAUCUUCUCAAGAAUAUACAUAGAAGGAAAGCUAUACACAGCCACAGUCAUCCACCUGCUUCGUCGGCAGAUCAAGAAAGAGCAGUGUUGCAAGAGCAAAUGGACAAGCUUUCACGUGAAAAAUCUGCGAUUGAAGCUAAGCUUUUGAAGUUCAAACAACAGAAGGCUGUAGCUAAGCAUCAGUUUGAAGAAAUGACUGAGCAUGUUGAUGAUAUGGAGAAGAGGCAAAAGAAGUUGCUGAAUUUCUUGGAGACAGCAAUUCGAAAUCCUUCAUUUAUUAAGAAUUUUGGCCGUAAAGUUGAGCAAUUGGAUAUUUCAGCUUACAACAAAAAGCGAAGGCUCCCUCAAGUUGAGCAAUCAAAGCCACCUUCAGAAGAUUCUCAUCUGGACAAUAGCAGUGGUAGCUCAAGACCCGAAUCGGGAAAUAUUUUUCAUCAAAAUUUCUCGAAUAAAUUGCGGCUAGAGCUUUCUCCAGCUGUUUCAGAUAUGAACAUGAUUUCACACAGUAUACAAAGUUCCAAUGAAGAAGGAGCGAGUCCCAAGGGAAUACUGUCAGGAUGUGAUCCAAAAACUACACUAACCAGAAGAGAAGGCCUACCAUUUGCACCUGAAGCACUAGAGCUUGCAGACACCGGGACAUGCCCGAGGAGGUUACUGCUAAAUGACAAUACUAGAGUGGAGACCUUGCAGCAGAGGCUAACUUCUUCAGAGGAGACUGAUGGCUUUUCAUGUCAUUUAAAUCUAACACUGGCUUCUGCUCCAUUACCAGACAAGACAGCUUCACAGAUAGCUAAGACAAAUCAUAAAAAUCAGGAGAUUGGAAGAUAUACUGAGUUAAACUUUAACUCAAUAGAAACAAGUGCAAGUGAGAAAAACCGGGGUCGACAACAAGAGGUUGCAGUUGGAGUUAACCAAGCAAAUGCAGCUCCUCCAGCAAGAGUGAAUGAUGUAUUCUGGGAACAGUUCCUAACAGAAAGGCCGGGGUCUUCAGAUAAUGAGGAGGCAAGUUCGACUUAUAGAGGAAACCCAUACGAAGAGCAAGAGGACAGAAGAAACGGGAAUAUAAUCUCACGUAAUACAAAGAAUAUCGAGCAUCUGACCUUAUAAAGUAAUUAACUGGUUACAUGAACGAGUAUGGUCUGUGGUUAUGCCACAUGUAUGUCUGAGUAAGUAAUGAAACAAUGGACUCCUGCUAAUAGCGUCCAAAGCGUAAGUAGUCUUCCUUGGUGUGUAAACACUAGUGUCUCUCACUUGUAUCUCUUUUCUACACAUGUAAUUUGAGUGUAAAUUUAAGUGCAUAGACCAUACGUAGCCUUCCCCCAAACCUUAGAACCGACGAUGUUAACAUCCAUACUCUAAAAUGUGUUUCUAAUUCUUUUUUGGUUUGGUUUGGUGUAUGUGUAACUUGUAUAAUGUAUCAGCAAGUUUGAUACACAAUUAUAUAUCUUUUCCCCAUCUUUAAAACAUGAAA